AUGAGAUCUAUUAAUGCAGAGUGUACAAAUGCCGCACUUUGCGAAAUCUUCCAGAUCUGGGGUUGCCCGCUUGUUAUACAGAGCGAUAAUGGGCCACCAUUUCAAAGCACGAACUUCAUCUCUUUUUGGGAAGAUAAAGGAGUGAAAGUUAGGAAAUCCAUUCCGCUAUGCCCGCAAACAAAUGGUAUAGUUGAACGUCAAAACCAGGGCGUUAUAAAAGCUUUGGCAGCGUCCAGAUUAGACGGCAAGAAUUGGCGAGAGGCCCUGCGGAAAUAUGUCCAUAAUCAUAAUAAUCUCACACCGCACAGCAGACUAGGAGUCACGCCUUUCGAGCUUCUAGUAGGCUGGAGAUAUCGUGGGACUUUCCCAAGCUUGUGGGGCCCAUCAGAACAAAAGGCGCUUGAUCGAGAAGACGUACGUGAGCGAGACGCAGAGGCAAAGUUAGUGAGCAAGAAGUACGCGGAUAAGGUUCAUCAUGCUAAGGAUUCCGACAUCAAAGUGGGCGACAUCGUAGUCCUGGCUCAACACAAAAAAGGAAAAACAGAUGCCACUUUCGGAUCAGAAAGGUUCAGAGUACUAACUAGAAGCGGUGCAAAGGUGGUCAUAGUCAGCAAGAACGGAGUACAGUAUGCCCGGAACAUUAAUGACGUAAAAAUAGCGCCAACACCAGAGGCAUUAGAUGACAGCGAAAGAGUUGGAAACGAUGAUCACGAUUUUGCUCCUGAUGGUGACGAAAACUUGGGCCUACUAAACCAUGACUUCGUUCAAUCCAAACCAGAACAGGAAAAGGAAGCUACGUCUUCGUUAAGAGAGAAACGCAUUAUCAGAAAGCCGGCGCGGUUUGAUAACAAAUACGUUUAUACAGUUUUCUUUUAA